AUGGCAAUAUCAAAACCUUACAUUCAAACCACUGCCAACAUUGAUGUUGUAACAUUGAUGUUAUCUUUUGUUUGUUCCAUGGCACCACUUCGAUAUCAUUCAUUUCUUGUCUUGUUCACAGGAGUCGACUUCAAAAUGAAAACAAUAGACGUGGAUGGAAUCAAGGUGCGAAUACAGAUUUGGGAUACUGCAGGCCAGGAACGAUAUCAGACUAUCACAAAGCAGUACUACCGACGUGCCCAGGGAAUUUUUCUGGUAUAUGAUAUUACAAGUGAACGCUCCUUUCAGCAUAUUAUUAAAUGGGCCAGCGAUGUUGAUGAGUAUGCUCCUGAAGGUGUUCAGAAAAUUCUCAUAGCCAACAAAGCUGAUGAGGAACAGAAAAGGCAAGUGAGUGCAGAACAAGGUCAAAAACUUGCAAAAGAAUAUGGAAUGGACUUCUUCGAAACAAGUGCCUGCACCAAUUAUAACAUUAAAGAGUCAUUUACUAAACUGACAGAACUAGUGUUACAGGCCCAUAAGAAGGAGUUAGAUGGGCUUCGACUAUCAACCCCUGAUGAACUUAGUAUCGCUGAUUUAGAGGAGGAUGACAGCAAAAUCGAAGGGAUGAAUAACUCACAGAAAGCUUGCUGGUGCUAGAAAUGGAGCCAAACAAAAUCCAGUUCAGCGGUCUGAAUCAUGCCUCAAGACCUAGUUGCCUGCUGUUAUGUUGUGCCGCCUUAAAUAUUCACACAAAUCUUGCUUCUCUCUUGAGUUGGACUAAUCCUUCCAGUUGAUACAAAUAGGUGUUGUAUUUUUGUCCCAGCUCUGUGGCUCAACCAUUUCUUGGACUAGGCUUGUGUGCUGUGCAUUUUGUACAGUUACUGUGCUGUGAUUCGUGUUCAGGUGCUCAACUGAUGGUUCAGUCACCCAGUUUCUACAUGACUGCAGUUUCAGUAUUUGUUUUCUAUUUGGACAGCCCUUUCCAGAUACUGUGUGACACCGUUGUUUUCACAAUUAGUUGCCUACCAUUACAAUUGCCUGGACUUCCCCUUUUUGUGUAAUUAAUAACUAGUUUCUUCCAUAUGCUUUUAAUAUAUUUUUAGCCAAGCUCAAUAAAAGUACCCUUUUUGUCAUGUUGCUGCCCAGUUAAGAAUUUUUGAACCCAGCAUGAUUACUUACAUCUUGGUCUAUUUAGAAAUUCAACUUAAGCUUGAGGUUAUGGCUUCUGGAACAGAACAAUGUUAUUGUGGACACUGUCAAAAAGUGAUUUUGUCAAUUUCGAUUUUUUAAUAUCUUGAAACACUGUUGUGAAAUAAGCAUUAUCUCUCUUGCAUAUUCUAAGACUUACACUGCCCUGCUAGGUUAAUGAUCUGAAUGAUAUUUUUGACUGAUUUGACGUAAUAGUUAUAAAGUUGGGUUCAGUUGUGCUUUUACUUUUGUCAUUUGCUCCACAAAUAUCCAGCACUCAUUAAAUUGGUAGAUGAUUGUUGCUCAAAGUAAGUAAUGACUGAUACACCUUUCUCUCAUUUAUCACAAUUGACCAUGCCAGAAACAGAAAAUUAAAUUAUUUUCUAUGGGACAAACUAUAUAACUAAACCAGUAUUCCAUCCAAAUUCCAUUUCAUUGACAGUUUCACUUUACAGUUCUUAUGAAAUUAAUGAUUUUUUUUUGCACUUCAACAUUUUGAAUACUGAAGAAUUGCUAUGAAAAUUAAUAAUUAGAAUAGUCAAGGAUGAAUAUUCUGUGCAUUGAGUUCUCUAAUUAUAAUUGUUUGUGAAUUCCUUUUUAAUAUUGGCAUCACAAACUUCCAGAUGUAAAAUGCCUUUUGCAGCAAUGUGACAGAGUUUGGAUACAUUUUCCAUGGAAAUAGAUUGGUGUUGCAAAGAAAACAGGAAGAAUUCCUAUCAAAUACUCAUGAAUACUCAGAAAUUGCAUGUUUGAAUGAUUAGUGCAGCAUCAUUUGGCUAAGAACCCAAUAUUUCUGAAGAAAAUGAGGCAUUACCCUGUUUCAGUUAAAUUAGGAUUUGGCUACCUCAGUGAUAUAGUAUUGCAGUGUGGCGAUGUUAAUAUUUCUUCAUAACUGCGAAUACUGUUGUUCAGUUCACAGCCUGUAUCGAUUGCUUUCCUCUCUGUGGUAGAAUGCAACAUUCAUGAUAAAGGUUGAAGCAAUUAUGUAAUUUACUGAGAUUUGGCUGUUUGUUUGAACCUGAUGUUUUGAAUAUUUGUGCUUUUAGCUUUUUUCCUCUUGUAAUCAAAGAUUCUAUGAAACAUAACAACUGCCCAAUGUACUUCACUCUGCCUGGAAGAGUCAAAUGAGAGUGAUAUACUGAGUUAAAGCAUCUUAAUUUUCAUAAUUACUGUAUUUGUGAAGGAAAACGUACAAGUUGAUUUUAAUUAAUUAUAAUUGCUAUUGAAAAAAAAAUGAUUCUAUUCACAGAUGUCUACAAAUAAAUUUCAUCAAGGGUU